CGGCGCUCGCUUUCUCAAUAUUUCGCCCGGGCAACAACACGAACCCAGAGCAGAUGCUGAACAGCUGACGAGCACGAUUGCUUUGUAACACAUUUUGUUGUAUUUUGUGUUUUGACUCUGUAAUGUGGUUUGGCAGAAGAAUGUGUUUUGGGAGUCCCCGUCUCUCCGGAGCGUCGCUGUGAGCGCGGUUUCAGUCAUACCAGCAGCACCAGCGCUCUUUGCUGCACGCGCCAAGCCGCCGGGAAACAAAACGCAUCCGAGGAGCGAUGAGGAGGAACUACUCUGUUGGCGUGUUCUUACUCGGCUGCAGGAUAUCGCUUUUUCUCAGUGUUGGCCAGUGUAAGGAGGUUGACAAUGCUGCAAGAACUCGACAGGCCCCAAUGUCGCCCUCUGAUUUCCUGGACAAACUGAUGGGAAGAACAUCAGGAUAUGAUGCCAGAAUAAGACCAAACUUUAAAGGUCCUCCAGUCAAUGUUUCCUGCAACAUUUUCAUCAACAGCUUUGGUUCCAUUGCGGAAACAACCAUGGACUAUCGGGUAAAUAUCUUCCUUCGCCAGCAGUGGAAUGAUCCCAGGCUUGCCUACGCUGAGUAUCCAGAUGACUCUCUGGACUUGGACCCCUCAAUGUUAGACUCCAUUUGGAAGCCAGAUCUUUUCUUUGCCAAUGAGAAGGGAGCACACUUCCAUGAGGUUACGACAGACAACAAGUUGCUCCGGAUUUUUAAGAAUGGAAAUGUUCUAUAUUCUAUAAGACUGACAUUAACUCUGUCUUGUCCCAUGGAUCUGAAAAACUUCCCCAUGGAUGUUCAGACCUGUAUAAUGCAGUUAGAAAGCUUUGGUUACACCAUGAACGACCUGAUCUUUGAGUGGCAAGAGAAUGGACCAGUCCAAGUGGCUGAAGGACUGACGCUUCCACAGUUCAUCCUUAAAGACGAAUCAGACCUCAGAUACUGUACCAAGCACUACAACACAGGUAAAUUUACUUGUAUUGAGGUGCGGUUCCACUUGGAGCGUCAGAUGGGUUACUACCUUAUCCAAAUGUACAUCCCAUCUCUGCUGAUUGUCAUUCUGUCUUGGGUCUCCUUCUGGAUUAACAUGGAUGCGGCCCCAGCUAGAGUGGCGUUGGGCAUCACUACUGUCCUCACAAUGACAACACAGAGCUCAGGCUCCAGGACUUCACUGCCUAAGGUCUCUUAUGUGAAGGCCAUAGACAUCUGGAUGGCGGUUUGUCUUCUCUUUGUCUUCUCGGCGCUGUUGGAGUACGCUGCCGUUAAUUUUGUUUCAAGGCAACACAAAGAGCUGCUACGAUUCAGGCGGCCUCCCAAGAAGAGCAAGAACAGUGGAGGUGCAGUUGAUGCAGAUGAACUAGCUGAAUCGCUCCAUCGUGUUAAUACUGACAACGGCCUCAAGUCAUCAGAGCCUCUCUAUGGAUCUAUGACCAACAUCUACAGCGCCAGCCACAGGGAAGGGGAAGUACAAGAGACCGGGCUGACCUCUACAGCUGCUGUAACCUCCACUCCCAGCAACAGCAAGGACUCCAAGGCCAGCAUUAACAACACCGUCAACGUAUUGAACGCUUCGGGAGCCGCAGCAAACAUGGCUCAAAAUCCCCUGGGAGUUGCUUCCGUUGGAGGAGGCAAAAGCAUUGAGGAAAUGAGAAAGUUAUUUAUUGACCGAGCCAAAAAGAUUGACACAAUAUCAAGGGCUGGUUUCCCCCUGGCCUUCCUCUUUUUCAAUAUAUUCUACUGGGUUCUUUAUAAAAUCCUUCGCCAUGAGGAUGUACAUAAGUCAUAGAGAAAGAAAGAGUAUUGUACAUUGUGUACAUAAAGAGUGCACACACACACAAACACGUUUGUACUGCGACUCACAUCAGGACCCGUUGACUCCUUUCUUCUCUUCCUCGACCCUAUGACCUGUGACCCAGGACUUCUUCACAUUGCCAACCUAAACCAAACAUUUCUCACUAAGAUACAAACUAGCCAUGAAUUAGUGUCAUUGAUUUAGUUCCGAUUCAGUAGGAUCCAGUAGUGUGAUAGUGUUUUGCUAUCUGAGGCUUUUCUUACAUUACAGCCCAGUUCUAAUGAAGUGCCUCCAUGUGUUCAUUAUUAUUAUCGUUAUUGUUUUUCGUUGCACUGACUUCACUUACAUUUGCUCCGCAGCUGAAACCUGACAUCGGGCAGCAGCGUCGCCAGACGAAUGAUAAUGCAUCGUAUUCGUAUGAAAAUUUCACCCCCUGUAUGAUGGAUGAGCUAUAACUCCAAAAAUCCCAUCAUGUAGUCGAAUUCCACCUCUUCAGUACAUGGCUGUUAGCAAACACAAACAGGAUACAUCAUGCACUGCGCCUGACAGUGUGCAUUGUCUCACUUGGUCUCAACAUAUUUAUGAUAUAGGACCUUCAUACGUGAUUAAAUAUGACUGAUAUUCUGCACACCACACAGGUGGGGGCGCUGUUCUGCCAGUGGCAGCUUUUCUCCAACAAUGCUGUUGGUUUAUUUAUAGUUAAAACUGCAUUAUAAGCAAAACAAUACGCGGUCUGUGGUCAUGUUUUGCUGUAGUAGCUGGUCCCGAGCAAUGUCAAAUGGUAUGUGUGAUCAUUUUCCUCACAAAAACGCUAAUUUUAAGAUUCUGGUACCAUAAUUAUUUCCCAUCUGACAACACACUAUAAGGCAGCGCUCAAGUGGAAGUAAUGCCUGUCAUGUUUUGUGUUUUCUAUGUCAUCGUCUGUGCAUCUCAGAGACUUUGCCGUAGGUCCUUGGUUGUUUUUGGGUUUUUUUUACUUUACUGCGAGUAUUUUCCGUGCGGCCAUACUGUGUACACCAUCAGUCGAAGUCCAGUAUUUCAAUGAUUUUGAAUGGACUGACUUUAAUUGCUUUUAUAUACAGCGGAAACCUCGGUUAGCGUGUUUUUCAGUUAGCCCUGAAAACGUAUGGCAAAUUUUGUUAUUAUGUUAUUUAUACACCGUGUGAGUGCAACUGUGUUCUUAAUGUAUUUUUAUCACAGAACGUCCGUGUUAGCAGCUUGCCAAUGCCCGUCUAUGAUGUCAUCAGCGAGUGACUUUCAAAUGCUUUGCUAACUAACACCGUUAGGCCACAAGUCUCAAAAAUGUUAACACAAAACACGUAUUUAUAGUUCUACAAUCAGAAAUGGGGAGGGUGGAGUAGGCAAUGAUAUGACUCAAGUAAAGUUGUAAGUAGUCCUCACAAUAAUCCAAACGUCAGUAAGAGUAAUUAAGUACCUGAUGAAAAAAGUGCUCAGGUACUUUGUAUUUAUUUAUUUGUGUAUGUUAUACAUGACUGGAUAUGACGUUUACGUCUGUUGCGCAUCUGCGCAUGCGCUCUGUGCAUUGCGUGGGUUUUUACAAAGUAGAUCAGUCUUGGUGAAUAAAGACGAUAGAAACAUC